AUGGGUGGACUUGGGAAAACAACUCUUGCGAAGAAGGUGUUCUAUGAUCCCGCCAUUGAAUUUCACUUCUUUGUGCAUUCUUGGGUUUAUGUUUCUCAAGAAUUCAACCAAAAGGAAUUACUUCUUGCCAUAUUAACUUCAGUUGUUGAUUAUCCUUCUGAACAAAUGUAUAAACUGAAUGAGGAAAUGUUGGUUGAAGAAAUAUACAAACAUUUAAAUGGUCGAAGAUAUCUAGUUGUGCUCGAUGAUGUGUGGACCCCAGAUGCAUGGAAUGAUCUUAAAAUGGCAUUUCCAAACCAAAACUAUGGAAUUAGAAUCCUAUUAACUAGUCGUAACACAGAUGUGGCUUUAAUUGCAAACCCCGAUAGCCUCCCACAUCAUUUGAAGUUUCUGAAUGAUGAUGAAAGUUGGGAGCUGCUUUCUACAAAAGUUUUCAGAAGAGGAAGUUGUCCAUUUGAGCUUGUUGAACUUGGUGAAACGAUUGCUAGAAAAUGCUACGGAUUACCUCUUGCGAUUGUGGUAGUUGUUGGGCUUUUAUUGAAGAAAGAUAAGACGCGUGAUUUGUGGAAAAAAGAUGCCGAAAGUGUUAGUUCGUAUGUUGCAAGAGAUCCGAAACAAUGCAUGAAUGUAUUAGCAUUAAGUUAUAAGCAUUUACCUGAUCAUUUAAAGGUGUGUUUCAUUUAUUUCGGUGGUUUUCCUGAAGAUUUCCCGAUACCCGUUUGGAAACUGCUAAAUUUAUGGGUGGCAGAAGGGUUUAUUCAACAGAAAGGUCAAGAUUGUUUGGAGGAUUUAGCGGAAGAUUAUUUGGAAGAUCUUGUUGAACGCAAUCUGAUAUUAGUUGCUAAGAGGAGAUCAAAUGGAAGGAUUAAAACAUGUCGUGUUCAUGAUAUGUUACGCGAUUUAUGCCUCAAAGAAGCUUCAGAAGAAAAGUUUUUGGAAGUAAUCAAAGGGCAUCAAAUUCUAGAUUCAAAUUCGCUAAUAAUCCCUUAUCACCGACGUCUUUGUGUUCAUUCACAUGUCAUGAACUUUAUUCACUCCAGACCUUGUGGACCCUGUUGGGUAUAA